UCGAGUUGGUUCCAAUACAUUUUACAUAUUUACAAAAACGUAUUAAAAAAAUGAAAGUGUUCAUUUGCUUGGGAAUUAUAGCAAUUGCUAUAAUUUCAGCCGUGAGUAUGGGGGCCUCAAGCAGUAAAAAAGCUUCAUGUUGCUGUUCGAAUCCAUUAGAGUUAUUGCCAUCCCUUAUGGUAUCUGUGAGUGAAAGACUCCGUUCGAUAGAGACACCGGCUCCAGAUAUAAACAUUUGUGAGGCUGCAACCGAAAUUGAUGGCGCUAAUUGGAUAAAACACUGCACUGGAAAAAUCGUCGAUUACAUUGAAAUGGUUAAUCGAGUUAAGAAUAGUCAAACAAAUUAUUUGUCAGAUCCAGCACUGGAAGGAAUAAUAAAAAGAGCAACGGCGACAUUCAAAAACUUUGACGAAAUUCAUAAUGGCAAACCUCAAAAUGGUUGCAAAACUAAUCGAUUCACUUACGUCUACAAAGUCAAUAUCAUGGAAAAUGGAGAACAAUUAAGGAAACUUUACAAAAACAAAGAAACUAACGCGGCUACGAAAGAAAUGAUUGAGAAGGUUGCCAUCGACAUGCAUGUAAAUUUGUGCAAAAUGAAAGCUGUGAUAAAUUCACGUUGUGCUUCUUGAAUGCAAACUUUUGUACACACACACACUCGCACAUACAUCUUUGAAAAAUACUAAAUCGUGCUCCCAUUCAAAAUAUAAGUUGCAGUGGUUUGGUAAUUUUCAAAGAGUGUGUACAUAUUUAAAUCUUCUUUGAAAAUGUACCUCGAAAAUUAUGAAAAUAAAAAAACAAUGUUUUUUUAAAUCAA